GCCUCCCGCGGUCUUCCACAGCGCAGCGUUGAUCGCGCGCGGGCGGCGCGCCACUGGAGGGGGCGGAUGGGGCGGUGCCGCAGCAUGAGCGAGAUCCCCGAGGAGUGGCCCUGCGCAGAGAAGCCCGCGUUCGCGAACUGCGGGGCGUACGCCCUGAAGAGCAGGGUGGCCGUGCAGUCGCUCAAAAUCCUUGACAACAUCCAGGAGUACGACCCGCGUGACCCCAAGUACACGAUCGCCGCUACCAGGUGGCAGGUCGCGGAGCUGGAGGCGCGUCACUUGGAGAACCAGGUGGACUCCCUGAACACGAUGCUAGAGUCGAGGGUCAAGGUGGACCCCCACGACAAGGUGCUGGAGGACUACCAGGCGGUGCUGUCGGGCUUCCGGCGCUCCGCCGCGGCGGCGCGCCGGGCGGCGGACAGCCUCGAGGACUGCGCCCUGAGCCCGCGGCCUUCCCCGCGCGUGCAGGCCGUGCACAUCGAGCGCACCCCGCUCUCCGCGUCCCGGAGCGCCCUGGCCUCGGCCCGCUUGUGGUCGCAGGCCGAGCACUCCGAGGUCACCACCCCGACGUUCACGUCCCGCAGCGACCUGUCUUCGGACAGAACAUGGUCGCAGGAGGAAUCGCCGCACGAGGAGGGGACCGCCACGGAGGACUGGCUGUGA